UAUCGCGUGUCCUUGCAAAAUGGAUGAUGGUGUCAUAAUCUGUGUUAUAGGCAUGGUUAAUUUUUAAUAUUCAUAGGAGUAUUUUUCUAUAUUUCCACGCAUUUAUUUAUCUAACAAUGGGCCGUUCGAGAUCAAGAAGUAAAUCUCCAAGACGCCAUCACAAGAGCAGUAAACAUUCAAGAAAGAAGAGCCGCUCCAAGGAUCGAUCUACAUCGCGUAGCAGAAGCUCCAAACACACCGAUAAACCGAGGGAACGAAGCUCCAAAUCAAGGAAAAGGUCACAUUCCAUUACAUCGUCUACAAGUAGUGAAGCAUCCUAUGAUGGAGGCAGGAGUCAUAGGAAAAAGUCUAAAGGACGCAGUAAAAUGGAUGAAGUGGACCGUCUGGCGGAAAUGGAGAGACAGAGACGUGUUAGAGAAGCUGAACAAAAGGUGGUGGAAGAAGAAGCUGCAAAAAGAAUAGAGCUCCUUGUCAAGAAAAGAGUUGAAGAGGAAUUAGAAAAAAGAAAAGACGAAAUUGAACAAGAAGUAGCUAAGAGAGUUGAGGAAGCAAAGCGCAAGAUGGAAAAAGAGAUGAUGGAAGAGUUGGAGAGACAGCGAGAGCAACAGCGCCGGGAGGAGCUUGCUCGACAGGAGGAAGAAGCUCGUAAAAGGAAAGAGCUGGAGGAUAUCAUGGCAGAAAAUAAUAGACGGAUUGAAGAAGCCCAACGCAAGUUGGCUGAGGAGCGGUUAGCGAUGAUUGAAGAACAGAGGAAAAUGGACGAAGAAAAACAAAAACUGAAAAAAGAACAAGAAAAGAGGAUUAAGGAGGAACAAAAGAAAAUCUUAGGUAAAAAUAACUCGCGACCUAAAUUGUCAUUCUCUCUGAAACCACUCUCAUGAGUACAAAACAUGUGGAUUGUGAACUUUGUGAACCAUGCAUUCAUAACAUUCUCCAUUAUAGAAGUAGUAUAAAUUAUAGUAUUUUAUUCAAAAUUAUCUUGUACACUUGAUUGUCUAGAACAACAUUUGUGGCCAAAUCUUGUAGUUCAUAAAAAAUCUGUUAACCUCCUAAGGCCAAACCAUACAAAUUACGUUACUGAAAUUUUAACAUACACAGUUGAUUUUGUUUUGUUUGAAAAUUAAACAAAACAAAGCAAAUGCAACUCUGUUCUAUUUGAGAAUGAUUUUUAAUGUCAUUAAGGUCUGAUUUUUCAAAUAUCAAAUAAAGAUAUAUGCCAGAUAAAUAUGAAACUCUCUUUUUCUUCUUGCAUAUGAAAGAAAGGGAGCAUGCUAUAUAUAUCUGACAGAUAACUUUAUCUGAUAUUAGAAAGAUCAGACCUAAAAAGAAUAAGUACCUAUAGCUAGGACCGUGAGCCUUAGGAGAUUAAUACAAAAAGAUUGUUUUAAUUUGCUAUGACCUGAAAUGAAGGGAUAUAAUUAGGUACAGUCAGUAUCAAAAGUAACGGAUCAAACAACGCUUCAAAAGUAUCUACCAUUCUGUAACAGCUUAACAAAAAGGGAUGGUUCUAUAUGUAGAACAAUUAAGACUGAAAAAGAUAUAGUUUUGAAUGUGAAUUUUAGAGAUUUAUCUGUAUUUGGAAAAGUUAUCCGGAAUAUCAGAUACUUUUGACGCGUUGUUUCAUCCGCUACUUUUGAUGCUGACUGUACAUGCAAAUGCAUUAAAUCUGGGUGUAAUAUUUUUUACUAUGGAACUGCAUAGAAAGUAUGAACAUGCAGUUAUACUCCGUUUUUUUGUCAGAUUAGAAAUUCUAUAACCUCAAAAAUAGUAAUAACUUUUCCCCCAAAAUUAAAUCUGAGAUACUAUGUACUGAAUUAUAGUGUCACUUACAUAUUAUUGACGCAAUAUUAGAUAUCAUUGGAACCCUAGCAUUUCGGAAGAAAAAGUUGAUUACAACUUUAGAGGUUAGAAAAAUUCAAACUUUAAAAAAAAGCUAAGAAAAGAACGCACUGCAUUAUAUCGUUUAGAGCAGACAUUAAACACAACCUUCUUAAAUAAUUUUGUUAAUAUCUAGGUAAUAGUACAUUACGAUACAAGUGCGAAAAAUAGGAAAUUCGAAACGAGUGGCGAUAAAUUAAAACACGACCGAAGGGAGUGUUUUAAAUCGACACGAGUUGCGAAUUACCUAUUCGCACAUGUAUCGUACAACGUUUUACAGUACAUAUGGCCCUUUAAAUGUUCGACACAGUAACAUAAUAUGCUACUUCUCGCACUAGUGCUAUAAAGUAGCCCCAUAUGUACUGUAAAAAUGUAAAUACAGUAAACCCGAUUAAUCCUCCUAAGACCUUGUCAAAAGCGUUUUCAGCUGAAAAGCGUAUUAGGCGUGAAAAAUCCUAAUAACACGACGUCGGGCCCUAGCAAGAGUAUUUUUCCGUUUCACCAUAUAUCAGCAUGCAUCUCUCGCAUAUUAUUGAACAAUGAAGUGGUUAGCGGUAGCAGGGAUCGGAACCGAUUUAUUGGAAAAACUUUGAAAUAAACUUUUAUUUCGGUUUAUUUUUUACUCCAAAUAUAGGACUCGGUUGUGUUUUUAGAUAACGACUUCGUAUUAUUAGAUUGCCCAAUUAGAAAUGAAAUAAUUAACAAAGAACGAAAAAAUACCGUUUACAGUACAUAUGGGGCUACUUUAUAGCACUAGUGCGAGAAGUAGCAUAUUAUGUUACUGUGUCGAACAUUUAAAGGGCCAUAUGUACUGUAAAACGUUGUACGAUACAUGUGCGAAUAGGUAAUUCGCAACUCGUGUCGAUUUAAAACACUCCCUUCGGUCGUGUUUUAAUUUAUCGCCACUCGUUUCGAAUUUCCUAUUUUUCGCACUUGUAUCGUAAUGUACUAUUUCGUUCCCAUAGAAAAAAUACCGGUUUCCGAUCCCUGAGCGGUAGGCCCUCAGUUAUAACUGUCUGGUAUUUAUUAAUAUUUCAUCAUUGUAAUUUGAUCAUAAUAUCUUUCUAAAUUGAUAAUUUAUCGGCCAGGAUGUUAUCUUUACUUUUAAAUGUUGUGUGAAUCCUAAAAAUUAACUUUUCACCACACCAGCUGGUUGCAUUUUAUCCUCAUGUGGGGCAAAGUAAUCAAAUGCAAAUUUUGAGUUGUUUUCUUAUGUUGGCUGGUAGAAUUGACUUUUAAAUGUUAAUUUUAACUGAUAAAUAUUCAAUAAGGUUCAUUUUUAAUUGAUUUUGUUUGAUAUUUUACAGUUAGUAUUUUCCUGGUGUUGGUGUGGUGAAAAAUGUUGUGUUUUACUCGAUGGCAAAAUUUGUUUAACCCUCGUGCCUUGAACCCUCUCAACGCUCAAGAUUAAAUUUUUUUAAUUUUGGAAUUUUUCGCUUGCUCGGGUAUCAAUAUUAGAACGAGAGGUUAAAAAAACUUUGCCCACUUGUGAAACAAAUAACUAUUGUUAAGUGGGUGCGGUUUAACAAGUAAUUCAAGCAAUACCUGCCAUUGAUAGUACAUGUCCGUGGACUGCCUUCUAAAUGUAAGAAAGAACUGCUCAAUAGAAUAAUAGAUGCAAUAGUAAACUAUAGAAUGCAGUAAAAUAGCCAAUGGUUUCUUCCUUCCAUUAUUAUGAUGAGGUCACAUACAAUGCGCGGCCUUGGUGGUAAAACGAAAUAAUGUUAACUGAAACUCGAUCAAAUCAAAUCAGGACGCUAAGGACGCACAGUGGCAUUGGCAUGUGUGAAAUUGUUCGUACUUAGCAGUUAGCGUCCUUGAAAAGUUAAUUUCAGAAAGAAAGUAAGUUUAUUCAUGAGAUGUCCCUAAAAAUCUUUUAAAAUUAUUAGUAUCUGAAAAAUUGCCUUUUUGUGAGUAGUCACAGUCAUAGAGAUACGCUUGAUACAUGGUUUAAGAUUGUCACAACAUGAUUGUUGUAUUUAUAUUGUGUCCAAAAUCAAUUUUAAAGGUAUAGUUUGUUAUAGACUUUGCAAUAAUACAUUACUCAAAAGUAAGUUUAUGUUAAUCAUAAGGCAAACAAUCCAGUUCAUGCCAUCUACAAAAUGCAUUGGCAGUAAUGGCACCGCAGGUUUUCAGAAUGGUCACACACUACAUAUAUAAACACACACACAUACGAGAAUAGGAUUGUUUACCUUAUCUGACGGAGCGUGUUGAGUGAUUUUUUUAAUUCCCAUGAAAAUAUAUAAAAAAUUCAAAUUGUGGUACUACAUCAUUAUUAUAGAUACUGCACUUCUUCAAUGUUCGGCGUAUAAAGUCUAGUGAACGUAGGUCGAACCGAUUAAACUAAAUUCAAUUGCUCAGUAAUGCUAAAAGUACAGUUUCACUAAUAGUACUAUCGGGCGAUUUUUAAUACGUUUCUUAUGUUGCUAGGCCUUUUGUUAUUAUAGGCGUUCAGCAAAUUGGCUUCGUGAGUAUUAUGUACAGUCUAGUCGAGUAUUAAACUUUCAAAUGUGUGUCGUGGUUUAAAUCGUUGGUUGGUUGUGCUGUAUACGUAUAGAGCAGAGGGCCUACCGCGAACCACGUUCGACGUGUUACGUCUCUGUCGCAUUUGUUAAUUCCUACGUAAGUGCGACAGAGACGUAAACACGUCGAACGUGGUCGAAAUUCGGAAAUAACGGGGAUCUUUCUCUUUUACUCUCACUAAGACGCAAUUAGAGUAACAGAAAAAUGCCCGCAAUUGACGAACUUCGAUUUUCGCGGUUAUAGCCCAGAAUAAGCGUUCGUUUACUAAUAAAAUCGGCCAUGAUCCUUAUCACAACAUGAUGACACAGACAAGAAGAAGAAAAUGCCGUCACUACCUACUUAAUAUGAGAAAAAUGCACAUGUAUUGAUACCUGACUGUACAAAAUAUGCUGAUAGUAGAUAUAUAGUUGUAGAUAUUAUUUUAGGAGUAAAAUAAACCUUGAAAUGCUGAAUGCAAGAUGAAUACGCCGUUGUAAUUUGCAAACAAAUGUCUAGAUUUAUAAAUUACUGUUAAGAAUUGUAUGUAUAUAUUCUGUUUGUAUCCGUUUAUCAAUUAUUAUCAAACAUCGGUAAGUAUCGCAAAGAUUCUGGCAAUGUGUGUGUCAAUAAAUCUACUGAAUAUAUAGAAGGAUAAGAUUGGAACCUAGUGUGUUGCAAUGGUUACAGAGGCCGGCGUUAGGCGUGAGCGACGUGGGCCACCGCCUACAGCCUCGCGCCUCAAAUAAGUGUAUACUCGGACACAACGCAAAAAUGUUCGUUAUUUCUUUCGCCACCAGAGAGCCUCGCAAAAUGUAACAUUGCCCACAUAAAAUUUUGGCCUUACCCCGCCACUAUGGUCGCAUAUUCCUGAUGUUCCACUUAAAAUACGUAGAUUAAUUGACACAACGUAUAAUUUACUGAAAAUUACACAUUACCAAUGUUUGGCAACUUUACAAUUUUAUUUUAAACUUGUUUAGUAGCAUUCUAGGGGUAUGAUUUCGAAAUUAAUUACUUUUACUGUACAUAACCUACUAGCAUUUCUACAGAGGAAUACAUAAUUAUUUAAGGUAUUGUAGUUUAUUUUUUGGACGUAAGGUUACGCCUUUGAACAAGGCACUGAUUUAUCUAUGGAAAACAAUUUAUUCUGCUUAAAUUCUCUAUAAUCUAGAAUUUUACAUCGACAGCGGAGAUCGUGAACGUUUUAGCAAAGUUUUAAGUAAUAUAACUUUUUAUCCUGAGAAUUAUUCACCCAACUAUAUUGUUAUUGUUUCAUAAAUAAAAUCUUAGACUACUACAA